UGACCAUGGCCUGAGUCCUCAUGGGGAAGCCUCGCGCUCUCUGGCUCCGCUUCCCUCUCUCAAACUUUCGGAGGUGUCCACUUUCUAGAAAAACUUUAGCGAUCGCCGCCGCGUGCGCGCUCUACCUGUGCUUCGUGGUCUCGCGGGUCGGGUACUCGCAGCUGCACCGGGGCAGGAGGAUCGACGCGGAGAAGACGCAGCGCGCGCACGGACCGGAGCGGCUCCGGGGGGACGGCGCGCCCUCACAGCAGCCAGCCGGGGCGGUCCCGACCCGGUCCAACGUGGUCUACAUCACGCUCAAGUCCAAGCGGCUGAAGCCGGUCCACAUCCGAGGAACCGUGAGGCCCAAGCUGAGGAGGAAAGUCAGGAGGAGUCAGGCGGACGCUCCGUCUUUUACGCAGAGCAGGUUUGGCGCAGGACAGACCAGGCCGGACGCCGCGCCUCAGGAAUCCUGGAGAGACAGCAGGGAUCUACAUUUCAAGUCACUGCAAAUAAUUCAGAAAUCUCCUCGUGAUGGGGAAGCGGGCUCUCGGGUCAGCUCGAUCCGGAUCUACGGAGAGAGGGCACCGCCGUGGUUCAGCGCGCAGGACGUCCGCGCCAUGCGCUUCCUGGCGGACGCCAGGGCUUCACGCGUCACGGAGGUUUCUCACGGAGGAUCCGCGCCGCUUCUGAUAUUUGAGGGGGAGACCGGCGUCCCAGCUGGCGGCCAGAGGAGCGGGGUGUGCGGGGGGCCGUGUGGGGUCAUCCACAGCCCCGUGGAUAACUCCGAGGUGUUCGCUUUCCAUCUGGACAGGGUGCUGGGACUCAACAGGACGCUGCCCGCUGUCAGCAGGUCCUUCAGCUUCCUGCACGACGGCCUGUCCUGCCCCGUGGUGCUGUGGGACGCCUCCCUCUACCCAGAAGGCCUUGCUGCGGGCCGGGCCACUGUGAGGCUGACGUGGAGGGAGUACCAGAGCUCUCUCAAACAGAGGUGCUGGCACAGGAACACCGUGCCCAAGGCCGACUCCGGCUGCUCCAGCAUCCACCACUACGAGUGGAGCAAGCUGGCCUUCCUGGACUUCCUGCUGCAGAUCCAUGGCCGCCUGGACCGGAGCUGCUGCGGCUUCAGGCCGCGGCGGGAGGACGCGUGCGUCGGACGGGGUCAGCACGCCCAGUGUGCCGACCAGGACCGCAUCCAGCUGGAGGAUAUCGUCCACCGGGGACACGACCGGCGGCGCCUGGUCUUCGUCAACAACAAGGGAUUCUUCGACCGCAACGAGGACAACCUGGACUUCAGGCUGCUGGAGGGCAUCAGGGAGUUCCCCGAGCCGGCCGUGUCGGUGCUGCGGGCCCAGAAGCUGCGGGAGAAGCUGCUGCAGUCGCUGUUCCUGGACCAGGCGUACUGGGAGAGCCAGGGCGGCCGGCCCGGCAUCGACAAGCUGAUCGACGUCAUCGAGCGGAGAGCCCGGGUCCUGCUGACGUACAUCAACGCCCACGGCAUCCGGGUGGUCCCCAUGAACACCUGACGUCUCUCACACAAUUUCUGAAUCAAUGGUGACCAGUUAAAUUGUCUCUUCUCUUAUUCUUUACUCUGGUAAGUUAAAAACUGACAUUUAGCUCACUUCUGCUUCACUCCUAAAGUACUUAAAGCAACAUAACGGGGAGGGUGACACAUCUGUUUGCCCACCAGCGUUCUGCUGGAUUCACCACCUAAUUAAUUCUGCAAUUUUCUUCAAUGAGACUAAUUGGGUUUUGCUCCUUCCUCUGUCUUCAUUUCCCAUCUCCCCGGUGGCCACAGGCUGUGCCACUUAAUCACACUAUGCUGUGAUUAACCCCCCUCCUCCCGAGGCCUGUAUUUAGUAUUUGCCGGCUGUACGGCGGUUCAGAUGAUGGAGGAAUCCCCAGCAGCUCCUCUCCUCACCGCGGCGAGGGCAGGAGGCUUUACUUGAGCGGAUGAUAUUCACAGUGAAGGAGCUUCACGGCGGUGGAGCGCUGGAUUCAGACCUGCUGAGAGGCUUUCUGUGUGGAGUUUGCAUGUUUCUUUAGAUAAACGGGUGGAGCAGCCGGGUGAGGAUCCAGGCGGCUCAGAGGUGUUUUUAAUCGGGUUCAUCUCAUUUUUUUUGUAUGAUGAGAUGUUUGUGACUGAACACGGAGAGCUGACAAGCCACAUGUUUGUUUGUUUUGUUUUUUAUUAACAUGCACUUAUUUUCCUUUGCUUUUUUUUUC